CUCACCAGGCGAGAUAACAACAUUGAAGAGCAGAAAAUAACCCAAGCGACCGAAUUAAGCUCGACUAGGCAUUCUACGUCAAUUAAUUGUCGCCCCGAUUUCAUUCUACAGUCAACCCAGCUCAGUGGUGACCACCAUGGCGGACGCGGUCGCCGAAAGUGUGGCCAAGCUGCAGCUUGACGAGGAGACGGGCGAGAUGGUAUCCAAGAGCGAGCUCAAGAAGCGAAUGCAGAAACGUGCCAAGAAGGCUGCUAAAACUGCUGCUGCUGCGUCAUCCGUACAGCAGGAGAAAGCCAACAAGCCCGCCAGCAAGCCCGCCAAGGUUGAAGAGCCUACCCUCGACCCCGAUGCCAUGUUCAAGCUGGGAUUCCUUGCCGACGUGUACAAGCUGCGUCCAUCUAAAGACGUGGUGACGCGAUUCCCACCCGAGCCAAACGGAUAUCUUCAUCUUGGACACUCGAAGGCAAUCGCUAUCAACUUUGGAUUUGCUAGGUAUCAUGGAGGAAAAACUAUUCUUAGGUUUGACGACACGAACCCCGACGCCGAAAAGGAGGAAUACUUUAUCGCUAUUGAGGAGACUAUCCGAUGGCUAGGGUUCACCCCUUCUAAAAUCACCUACGCGUCGGACAAUUAUCAGCGCAUGUACGAUCUCGCGGAGAAGAUGAUCAAGAUGGAGAAAGCGUAUGUCUGCCACUGCAAUGAAGCGGAAACCAAACUCCAGCGCGGCGGCGAGGAGGGAUCCUCUCCACGGUACCGAUGCGAGCAUGCGAAUCAGGAUGUCGAGACCAACCUCAAAAAGUUCCGUGGCAUGCGGGACGGCGAAUAUGCACCGCAAACCGCUUGGCUGCGCAUGAAACAGGACAUCAUAAACAACCCCAAUCCUCAAAUGUGGGAUAUUGCCGCCUACCGCAUUCCCAAAGACCAAGAGCCGCACUUCAGGACGGGCACCAAGUGGCGGGUAUAUCCGACAUAUGACUUUGCGCACUGCUUGUGCGAUAGCUUCGAAGGAAUCACACAUAGUUUGUGCACUACUGAAUUCAUCAUGUCACGCGAAAGCUAUGAAUGGCUAAAUGAGCUCCUGGUAGAAUUCCAACCAAUGCAGCGCGAGUAUGGCCGCUUGAACCUCAGCGGCACAAUCAUGAGCAAGAGAGGGCUAAGAAGCUUGAUUGAAAAUAAAAUCGUCCGCGGGUGGGAUGACCCUCGACUCUAUACUCUUAAAGCAAUCCGCCGACGAGGCAUACCUCCAGGCGCACUUCUUUCCUUUAUCUCCGAGCUUGGUGUUACCACAUCUACAAGCGUGAUCGAUAUAAAACGCUUUGAGCAGUCGAUUCGACGAUAUCUUGAAAGGACUGUUCCCCGGCUUAUGGUCGUUCUUGACCCCGUCCCGGUCGUAAUCGAAGACGCCGAAGAGCAAGACGUCGACGUUCCCUUUUCACCCAAAGACCCUAGCAUGGGCUCUCACAAGCUCCGCCUAACCAAGACAGUAUACAUUGAUCGCUCUGACUUCCGCGAGGUAGACAGCAAAGACUACUUCCGUCUCGCGCCAGGCAAGACCGUCGGCCUGUUACAAAUGCCAUACCCCAUCAAAGCCGUAUCUUUCACCAAAGACGAGACCACAGGAGCCGUGCAGGAAAUCAGAGCAGUCUUUGACAAAGAAGGCAAAAGGCCCAAGACGUACAUCCAGUGGGUCCCCGAAGGCUCACCCACCGCCGAAGUACGUAUCCACGCGCGCCUUUUCAAAUCAGACCAGCCUGCAUCCGUGCCUGGCGGGUUUAUGAACGACAUCAACCCCGACAGCGAGACCAUCUGGCCUAAUGCGAUGAUCGAAACGGGCUUCUACGAGGUGAAACGACGCGCGCCAUGGCCUGAAGCAGAGGGUGAAAAGGCAGGUGAAGUUGGACCGGAGAGUGUCCGGUUCCAGGGCAUUCGAGUUGCUUAUUUUGCUCUUGACUCGGAUAGCACUGAAGACAAGAUUGUUCUUAAUCGCAUUGUGGGUCUGAAGGAGGAUUCUGGAAAGAGUUAACUAAAUCUAAAUCCUUUAAUGGCAAAGUAAAAAGCGAUGUUAUUUCACUGUCUUGGAGUAAGGGCGGAGGUGCAUGAUUGUGUCGCUAGCGUAUGAUUUAUAUAGGGUGUUCGCGAGCCUUUAGGGUUGUCUUGGAAGCAUAUGGCAAGACUAGAGCAGGGAUUAGUUAGGUCAAUGCUAGUAAUUAGAGAUAUCGUCUAGACAAGAUUCAAGUGUUGUAAUGCCAACAAAUUCACA